CCGUCUCCAGCCUCUGCCAUUGUUCGGGAAGCCUGCGUCGGGACGGCUCGGUACCGGACGGGACGGCGCUGGUGCUGCUCGGGGUCCGGGCGGCGCUGUGUCGGCAUGACGGGCUCCGGUCCGAAGCUCGGGGUCCUGCUGCUGGUGGCGGUCCUGCUGCAGACGGUGGUGGUCACCAUCACCGUGCUGCACUUCACCACAGCCCUCAACGCGAUGAAGGAAACCUUCGCCAGGAGCAGCGUUUCCUGCCUGACGGGCGCCGACCUGCAGAGCAUCACGGCCGUACGGGGGGAUCCAUGCUGGCAGGUCUCGCAGCAGCUUCACCAGCUCAUCGAGAAGUCUCUGUCGCAGCGCUACCAGAGGCAGAUUUCAUCGGCCGUGAAAGAUGAGGUGUCCCGGGUUCUGCCCUCGCUGGUGAUGGACGACAGGGCCUCCUUUCGACCCAAAGUGGCGGCUCACGUGACGGGCAGCUUUGUGCCCAAGCCGGAGCGAGAGGAGGGAGCUCCGGUCUCCGCCGGCCGCCGGGUCCAGGGCCAGAAGAUCUCCUGGUGGGAGGGCCAGAAGGGGCUGGCGUUCCUCCAGGACGUCCAGCUGGUGGACGGGGAGCUGGUGGUGCCGCAGCCGGGCCUCUACUACAUCUACGCCCAGACGUACUUCAGACACACCCACUCCCUGGAGGAGGAGGGCGAGGACGGCGGCGAGGCGGAGGACAGGGGGAGACCCCUGCUGCAGUACGUCUACAAAAAGAUGAGCUCCUACCCCGUUCCCAUCUUGCUGAUGAAGACGAGCCGGACCUCCUGCUGGUCCCGGGGCGCGGACUUCUCCCUCCACUCCGCCCACCAGGGGGGGCUGUUCCCGCUCAGCACCGGCGACCGCCUGUUCGUCACCGUGACCAACGCCUCGGCCGUGGACAUGGACGAGAAGAGCAGCUUCUUCGGGGCGUUUCUCAUCAGCUAGACGAUCGCGGGCCGGAUCAAGAGGUCGGUCCGAGGAGAUCCCCAGGAGGAGGGGGGAUGUUUCCGUGAUUCAUCCAAGCUUCCGCUUGGUGAAACAUCAAACUGCUGGGAUCUCGACUCAGCCGGGGAAGAACUGUGAUAACACUGGUUCUGUGGAUGCAGAAGGCGGCAAGUGUGAGCGCCGAUCAAGUCCGAGAAACCUUUUUGAAUGUGUAUGAAAUAAGAAAGGAUGUGCAGACUUUUAUUGAGGCAGUUCUCUCGACUCUAAAGAAGCUUAACGUGUUUUUCUGUAGUAAAUUAAUUCCAGUACCAAUCUCUCCAAAGGUUUCCGAGUGUGAACAUUCGGAGGUCGAUUGAUGGAUGGAUUUGUGAACACAAAUAUGUAGCAGUGCCACAAGUCUCCACACGGGGGCGCUUUUUCCCGGAAUUUACGCGCUCGUUUCUGCCACCUGGAGGAAACAAAACUACAACUUAGAUGCAAACUAACACUGUCACACCUGAUCUUUAAGCGGAAAGAUUUUUUUAAAUGUUUUUUCUUG